UGCCGUUCAAAUCGAUUUCCGUCUCCUCCCCGUCCACCGGAUCUUUUCCCCAGGAAUCACAAUAUCCAGAUCGGUCCGAUCGCUAUUUUCUAGAGCGAGAAAGGGGAAGUUAGGAGAGAGAAUGUUCAAAUUCUUGAAAGAUGUCGUCGCCGGAUCUGUUGCCGGCGUCAAAGAUCUUCCUUACAACAUCGGGGAACCUUAUUCUUCCGCUUGGGGAUCUUGGAUUCACUCUCGCGGCACCUCUAAGGUGGAUGGAUCCCCUGUAUCAAUAUUUUCACUUACAGGAAGUAAUUCUGGUGAUGGACGUUUAGCUGCUGGACGCAAUGGUGUCAAAAGGCUUCGAACAGUGAGGCAUCCAAACAUUUUAUCAUUUCUUCAUAGUACAGAGGAUGAAAUAAUUGAUGGAUCAUCAACAAAAGUCACAAUAUAUAUAGUCACAGAACCUGUUAUGCCACUAGCAGAAAAAAUGAAGGAAUUAGCAUUACAAGGUACACAAAGAGAUGAAUACUAUGCGUGGGGCCUACACCGGAUUGCAAAAGCUGUGAGCUUCCUGAAUAAUGAUUGUGGACUUGUCCAUGGUAAUGUUUGUUUGGAAAGUGUGGUUGUUACUCAAACUUUGGACUGGAAAUUACAUGCUUUUGAUGUUCUUUCUGAGCUUGAUGGGAACAAUGAAGCAGCUUCAGGACCAAUGCUGCAAUAUGAUUGGCUUGUUGGCACACAAUACAAACCAGUGGAGUUGGCAAAAUCAGACUGGACUUCUAUCAGAAAAUCUCCACCAUGGGCCAUUGAUUCUUGGGGUUUAGGGUGUCUGAUUUAUGAGAUAUUUUCGGGUUUAAAAAUAAGCAAAACUGAGGAGCUACGCAAUACAUCAUCAUUACCAAAGUCUCUUCUUCCAGAUUAUCAACGCCUCUUGAGUUCUACACCUUCCCGUAGAUUAAAUUCAUCAAAGCUUGUGGAGAAUUGUGAAUAUUUUCAAAACAAGUUGUUGGACACUAUCCAUUUUAUGGAAAUACUUAAUUUGAAAGACAGUGUUGAGAAGGAUACAUUCUUCCGGAAGCUUCCAACUCUAACAGAGCAGUUGCCUCGUGAAAUUGUCCUAAAAAAGAUACUUCCAUUACUUGGUUCUUCCUUAGAAUUUGGUUCAGCUGCUGCUCCUGCUUUGAUUCCAUUUUUGAAAAUUGGUUCUUGGCUUUCACCAGAAGAGUUCAACAUUAAGGUUCUACCAACGUUAGUGAAACUUUUUGCCUCCACUGAUCGAGCUAUUAGAGUUGGUCUCUUGCAACAUAUUGAUCAAUUUGGGGAGUCAUUUACUGCUCAAAUUGUUGAUGAGCAAGUUUACCCUCAUAUAGCCACUGGAUUUUCAGACACUUCUGCCUUUCUUCGUGAAUUGACUCUUAAGUCCAUGCUUGUUCUUGCUCCAAAGUUAUCUCAGCGCACUAUAUCAGGGUCACUUUUGAAAUAUCUUUCAAAGCUCCAGGUGGAUGAAGAACCAGCAAUCAGAACAAACACCACCAUACUACUUGGGAAUUUGGCUACUCACCUUAAUGAAGGGACACGAAAAAGAGUUUUGAUUAAUGCAUUCACUGUUCGUGCUUUGCGGGAUACAUUUCCUCCUGCUAGAGGAGCAGGUGUAAUGGCUUUAUCUGCUACUAGUUCUUAUUAUGAUGCCCAGGAGAUUGCUGUUCGUAUUUUGCCCAAUGUUGUUGUACUUACCAUAGAUCCUGACAGUGAUGUUCGAUCAAAGGCUUUCCAAGCAGUUGAACAGUUUUUGCAAAUAGUGAAGCAGUAUCAUGAAAAGGUAAGUAAUGGAGAUAACAGUGAGCUUACAGGCUCAGGAAUUUCAUCACUUCCAGGAAAUUCAAGUAUACUAGGAUGGGCUAUGAGCUCUUUAUCUAUGAAAGGAAAACCAUCUGAUUCUGAACAUACUCAUACUCCACAUCUGUCUGCAAGUUCCAGUGCUCCUAACAUUUCCAACAUGCCCAAUGCCACCUCAGUGGUAGCGGAUGUGCAAAGUGCAACAAUGGUGAGGGCAUGUUCGACUGCUGACAUAGUGGAUCAUCAUCAUCAUAAUCAUAAUCAUAAUCAUGAAGCUGCUGCACCUGUGUCAACUAUGUCCAUUAAUGAUGGAUGGGGUGAAAUUGAAAAUGAAAAUAAUGUUAUUGAAGAUGAAGAGAAAAACGGUUGGGAUGAUUUUUUACCACUUGAAGACAUAAAUCCUCCCCCUGCUCUUUCCUCCUCCAUCCAAGCUGCUCAAAAACGACCCCUUCAUACAAAACCACAAGUUCCAAAUAUGAGAGGGAAACAUGCCACGAGUGUGAGCAAAAAUGAAGAUGAAGAUUUAUGGGGCUCAGUUUCUGGGCAUCCGCCGAAAGCAGCUUCAGCUUCUACAAAGAAAGCAGCGGUUGAUAACGAUGACGACCCAUGGGCGGCAAUUGCAGCACCACCACCAACCACCAGAGCAAAGCCUUUAGCCGCCGCUUCUGGAAGAGGCCGGUCAUCUAAACCUGCUUUACCAAAACUGGGUGCUCAAAGGAUAAACAGAACAUCUUCGUCUGGAGUAUAGGGAAAACAGAAAGGUAUAUCAUAUAUGUAUAUUAGACUAUUAGUCUUAUAAUUUACUAAUUCUUUGGUUUUGGUUUUGAUUAUGUUUUAGAAUAAUUAGAUGAGUGCAG